CACCGCACCCCAUACACCCGCGCUCACUGACACUCCUCCCAGCCAAGCACCCUCCCGUCGCCCGCGACUCGUCGUACACCCGGUCCUCCCCCUCCCUCUGUCCCCCUCCCGAUUCCCCUCCCGAUCGCGCAGCUACGAUGAAACCCUAGCGACGAAUUCCUCGCCGAAUAGAAGAUCGAAGUAAGGUUCUGACCGGGGCGAGAGCAGCGCAGGGGCCACAUUCCGGGAGCGGGGGAUGGCGACCUGCCGCAAGAUGGCGCGCGUCGACGUCGCCGAGCUGAAGCAGCGCCUGGUGAAGCGGCUGGGCCGGCAGCGCGCCGGCAGGUACUUCGCGCACCUCACCCUGCUGCUGAAUCUGAAGCUCACCAAGGUGGAGUUCGACCGGCUCUGCUACGCCACCAUCGGGAGGGAGAACAUCGCGCUGCACAACUCCCUAAUUAGAGGGAUCAUAAGCAAUGCGCUGUCGGGGGUGCCCCCGCCGAGCCGGCAGGCGGUCACGGGGCAGUCGGGCACAACCACUGCCCCUAGCGGGCAGUGCGUGGGCGCUGCGCUGCCGACGGUGGGGAAUGUGGGGGCGGUGGUGGAUUCGGGCGACGGUGAGUUGGCGAGGGAGCGAGGGGCAGCAGCCGGGAAGGUGGUGUCUGUGGAGGAUGGGGAAGAGGUGGAGCAGGUUCGGUCUGCUCCCUGUGUUCAGAGCCGGAGCCCGAUAACGGCACCGUUGGGGAUUUCGGUGUCAGAGAGGAGUGGUGUGAGGAUGGAUGAUCCGAUGGUGUCAUGCUAUGAUUCUGGCCAUUUUCUGGAUACGGGUUCUUUGUGUGAGGGUUUGCAGCGGCGGUUGCACAGUGAUGGCAUUGGAGUGACUGUGCAGGGCGUCGAUGCUCUGAAUCGUGGAUUAGACGAGUUUUUGCGAAGGUUGAUUAAACCUUGCUUGGAUUUGUCGAGGGUAAGAUCUAGCAGUAGACGAAUUAGUAAGGUCGGUGAGAAGUUUGUUGGUAGAAAGAAUGGCUUGCAACAACCAAAUCAGGGUAAUUGCACAACGUUGCAGGAUUUUGCAGUUGCUGUGCAAUCUGAUCCACAUUUGCUUGGGGCAAAUUGGUCUACACAGAUCGAGAAGAUACAGACAAUGUCACUUGGAGGAGAAUGAGUCAAAUUGCCCUGUUAUAGUUGAUCAACUUUUCAAAAGGAGAUGCAGUUUG